UAAUUCUUUAGGUGAGUGUAUGGUGCUUAGUAAAUGUUAGACAGUGUGAAAAGUGUGACAACUUAUCCCGCUCUUCCCUACUUUAAAUAAAAAAAUUAACGUAAACAAUUUUAAAACCAAGUUGUUUUAACUUCAUGUUACUUUUUUACAGUGCAUGAAAACAUUACUAACAUUGUUUACCACUAGAUGGCACACUAACUUUUUACUGCCUUGAGUUCAUUCAUUGCCCUAAAAAGUGGAUGGAAAGUUUAGAGUUAAAAGGCUAAGAAAGACAAUGACACACACACACACACACACACACAUUCUCAAAGAUAAACACACAACCACACUCCCUCCAUUAAUCUAGCAGCAACUGGAGAGCAGUAAGAAGAAGUGUGUCAGGCGUUUGGGUGCAUGUGCACACACUUACAUCAGUGCAUUUGUUGAAACUUCUACUUUAGUCAUCAUAUCUCAUAUUUAGACGUUUAUAAAACAAUUUUAUUUUUCUUGAAAACAUUCACUCUGCUCUCACAACAACACCAGGACACUAGAAGAAAUGCUCUCUUUUGUCUUUUGACUAUGGCUUUUCCAAAUUAACUUCACCGGACCACUGCAUGGAAUAUCAGCCAAAGAUUCAUAAGGAAACUGUGGACCUUCAUUUUUCUCUCACUUUGUAAUUGUAUUCAUUUAGUGCUUUUUUAUUUUCUUUAUUGAUUUAACCACAACAUGUGCAGACUGUGGAGGAUUGUAAUUUUGCUUUGUGUUAAAUUGGUGGACGUUGCGAAUGGAAAUACAGGAAUUAUGCCGGAUAGAGGGACUGCAGCCUCAUCAUGCUAUGGGGGUUUUGACCUCUACUUUGUACUAGACAAAUCUGGAAGUGUGCAGCAUCACUGGAAUGAAAUAUAUACCUUUGUUGAACAUCUUGCCCAUAAGUUCAUAAGUCCUCAGCUCCGGAUGUCCUUCAUUGUUUUCUCUGAUCAGGGCAAGAUUUUGAUGCGGCUCACAGAAGACAGGGAUCUUAUUCGUAAAGGUUUGGAGGAACUCCAGAAAGUGCGGCCAGGUGGAGACACUUUUAUGCAUGAUGGCAUUCAGAGGGCAAGCGAACAAAUUUACUAUGGUAACACUGAGGGAUACAGAACAGCCAGCGUCAUCAUCGCCCUCACAGAUGGGGAGUUACAUGAAGAUCUCUUCUACUACGCUGAGAGAGAGGCCAAUCGCUCUCGGAGCCUGGGUGCAUCUGUUUAUUGUGUAGGGGUGAAGGACUUCAAUGAGACUCAGCUGGCCAAAAUCGCUGACAGCAAAGAUCACGUUUUCCCAGUGAAUGAUGGUUUUGAAGCACUACAAGGCGUCAUUGAUUCGAUCUUGAAAAAAUCAUGCAUUGAGAUUCUUGCUGCAGAACCUUCCAGUAUCUGUGCUGGAGAGGCAUUUCAAGUUGUAGUAAGGGGGAAUGGAUUUCAUCAUGCCAGAAAUGUGGACAAGGUCCUUUGCAGCUUCAGAAUAAAUGACACCCUCACCAGAAUGGUUAAGCCAUUGAUAGUGGAGGACACGUACCUGUUAUGUCCAGCUCCUAUUCUUCGGGAAGAGGGAACGGCAGCCUCCCUUUACGUUAGCAUGAAUGAAGGCCUGAGUUUUAUCUCCAGUUCUGUGACCAUCACUACUGUUAGCUGUUCUGAUGGUACACUUUUGGCCAUAGCUCUUUUGAUUGUUUUGUUACUGCUGAUUCUGGCCCUUCUCUGGUGGUUUUGGCCUCUCUGCUGCACUGUGAUUAUCCAUGAACCUCCACCACCAGUUAUAGAAGACAGUACGGAUGAUGAAGAGGAUGGGACUCCAAAGAAGAAGUGGCCCACAGUCGAUGCCUCCUACUAUGGAGGAAGAGGAGUUGGGGGAAUUAAAAGAAUGGAGGUCCGCUGGGGUGAAAGAGGUUCGACAGAAGAGGGUGCUAAACUUGAAAAGGCGAAGAACGCAAGAGUGAAGAUGCCUGAACAAGAGUUUGACGUUCCUCCUUCUCGCAUCUUAAAUAACGGCAUGCGGAAACCCCCAGGUCCUCGUAAAUGGUACUCACCAAUAAAGGGUAAACUGGAUGCAUUAUGGGUACUGGUGAAGAAAGGCUAUGACAGAGUAUCCAUCAUGCGACCUCAACCAGGAGAUAAGGGCCGAUGUAUAAACUUCACUCGCAUCAGGUCCAGUUCUCCUCCUCAUUAUCCACACUACAACCACCACUCUUCACCCAUCAACACCUCCCCAGAAAACUUCAACCCACCUCCUCCUCAGGGCCAGCUUCCCCCACCUCCUCGCAGUCCACCGGCCUCCCUCCCCUCCAGUUUUCCUCCCCUACCAUCCACCCCGCCUCCUCAUGCAAUUACUCCGCCCCCUCCCAUUACCCCGCCUCCAUCUUAUUCCCCACCCCCUGUUUGGUCUUCACCAUCCACUGCCUUUUUUCCUCCAUCCUCUCUUCCGCCAUCACCUACUUCCUCCCUUCCUCCACCUCCUCAGGCCGCACCCCCAUGCAGAGCUCCGCCUCCGGACCGCCCACCUCCACGGCCUUCUGUGUAAUCGGCCAAAAGAGUGGACUACGUUGAAGGCUUGAAGUUGAGGUAAUCAGGAAAUAUACUUGGAAAUAUAUUUUCCACAACCUUAUCUUUGCUGAAACCGCAGCGUGGUUUCAAUCAAAUUUACAAAGCCCACCUGUGGCGUCAAGGGCAUCUACAUGAAACAGUAGACAAGUCACCAUGAAUUUGCUUGUUUGUGAACACAUUUCAUUGACGCAUCCACGGAUGUUUCAAAGUCAGGCACAUGGGACCAUUUCAUUAAGGAGAUAUAUAGAGGACAGCUGAAUGACAAACUUUCUUACUUAGAAUGUGUGUUUCAAAGAAAUAUGUGAACAGUUUUUGACUUUUUUUCAACUUGUUACCAUUUAUAACAACAUAAUGGCUUUCCGAAACCAAACAAUGUGUCGUAUUCAUUUUUGAUUGAUGUUUGAAAUGAAAGCCCCUUGUUUGAUUUCAAGCACAUUUUUGGUGAAGCCAGUGUCUUGUCAUUGGACGGAAAAAGCUGUUGGUCGUUCAGGUAAUCUUUAUUUGUGCAAUAGUGAUUUUAGUGGUUUUGAUUUGUAGGGGCAUACGGAUUCUUACAGAUAUUUUUCAUAAAAAUUGCCAAACUAGAAUAGUAAUAGGAACCAACUUGAAACAUCAGGAAUACCUAAAAAUGUACCGAAGCAACAUCACCUUACUUUGCACAUCUCACAUUUGUAAUGGUGGAUAGUUGCAACACUAAAACAUUUAGUAGGAACUAUCAUACUUUUACACAUGCUGUAUGUAAAAAUCCAUGUAUCGUUUUGUAUAGUUUUCUUUUGAUAUACAUUUUUUUUUGUUCUGUUGUUGUUGUGUUUUUAUAUUUUUAUGGCAUGGUUGAGUUUUUGAAUAAUGUAAAGGAAAGACAAUAUGAAAGUUUCCCAGGAAUAGUUUUAUAGUCAUUUUCUCUUUGAGUAAUAUUCACAACAGAUUAUUAUGUGUUUUGCAAAAAACAUUUUACAACCAAAGUCUAAUCAAUUUGAUAUAUGUGUUUGUUUGUAUUCAUAAAUUACAUUUUGUAUGUAUUGUCAUAAUAUAUCACAGCUGCAUCAUCCACAAUCCUUGGCUUAUACAGAGCUCUUGUCAUCUCUCGUUGUAUUCACUUUAAAUUAUUGCAGUCCCAUACUGAUGUCACUGCUGUGUUUAUAUGACUUUCCAGCCCUGAUUUUUAUAUUUUUUUUAAUCAUGUGUCAUGGGUGAUUUACAUCUGAGAACUUGUAUACAUCAGACAUUUUAAAAGAAUGAUAAAAAAAUCAUCUUUCUCCAAAUGAGUACAACAUUAUUUUUACCUUGUGUUCGUUCUGUUGUUUUCAAAUAAAAUGUUAUGAAAGUUUCAA